AUGGAACGACCCCUGGAUAGCUUCAGCAACUCAUCGGAACCUGGAGAGAGGCUAGUGGAGAGACACAUCCCGAUGGACCCUAAGUGCCUAAGAUGCGGGGAGAUUGAAUCAAUAGCACAUCUACUAUUCCAAUGCCCCUUCGCUCAAACGGUAUGGAGAAUGGCCCCACUUAAAAUCCCGUCGGACACAAGCAUGGGACUGCCUUAA